CAAUCGUCUUGACGUGUAAGUGCAACUGUCUGUAAAUUUGUGAAAUCGCUUCAAAUUCACUGUUUUCCAAUUUUUAAAUAAUGACAAGGAAAAAAAUAAGCUUAUUAUAAAAAAAAACGAAGUGUAUACUGUUGUUAAAUAAAAAAAAAGACUUAUUCAACCGGCAAUAUGGUUUUAAUGACGAUGAUUGCUCGUGUUGUAGACGGGCUGCCUUUAGCGGCUACAAUGCAAGAUGAUGAACAGAGUGGAUGCAACGUAUUGGAGUAUCAAAACCAAGCAAAAAUGCUGUUUAGAAAGCUAACCCCCCAGUCGCCAAUACAAUGCUCCAUCGAAACUGGGCCUUUUCUCUUCCACUAUUUGAUAGAGAAUGAGAUAUGCUAUCUAGUAUUGUGCGAGCGAAAUUACAGUAAAAGACUAGCAUUCAGUUACUUAGAAGAAAUUGCACAAGAGUUUUACCAUCAAUACGGAAAAAGGGUGAACACAGUAACAAGGCCUUACACGUUCAUAGAGUUCGACACGUGGAUGCAGCGCACACGCAAGCAGUUCGCCGAGGGCGGCGCGCGCGCGCGCAAGGCGGGCGCCGCGGCGCAGCUCGGCGGCCAACUGGGAGACGUGCAGCGGAUCAUGAUGCAGAACAUCGACGACGUGCUGCAGAGGGGGGCCAUACUUUCAGAGUUGGACACAAAAACGCAGAAUCUAUCAAUGAUGUCACAGAAGUACAAGAAAGACGCCGUCUAUCUCAACACAAAGUCUAUGUUAGUGAAAGCGACAGCUGGUGCGGUUAUACUGCUUGUAUUCGUUCUCUACUUCUGGGUGCUUUAGACCAGCCCUUGAUGAACCUGAAUGUUGAUAUUAUACCAAAUUUGUUAUGGGAAGUUCUUCGGUUUAUUUUUAUCGAUCGGCGGCCCAAUAAUCUGUCAGUUAUGUAUAUAAAGGCACGAGUUUUAAACUUUUUGAAUAGUAUAAACGAAUGCAUGGAAUUCAAUAGUUAUCUGCUUAUCGAAUUAAGUUCAUAUUCGAAUGUGUAUACACUAGAAUAAAUGACCGGGACGGUAACAGAUACCGCCGCACGCAUCACGUCGGUUGACUUGUAUAUAGGGUAUUUCUUGUGCUUCGAAUCCAUAAUUAUUUUCUUCAACAAUAACAUUUUUUACCAAUUUAAAGUAGGAAUUUACUGGGUCGCCGUUCCUAGAUAAAAUAAAAGCCGUAUAUAAUCUCGCUCAAUGAUGUUAUAAGUGAAAGGCGAAGUAUGUUUUGUGGUCUCUAAAAGCUGCACUAUUGGGCCAAUUAGCCUACUAGCUACUACCAAGCCACGUAAUGCAAGUAAUUGUGUAUUCUUGAUCUCGAAAAAAUACACGCAAUUAUACAUGAUGCAAGGCUGAGAACUCAAGCAAACUUUAUAGCUCUGACUAUGCUUACCUUUAGAGUUAAAGAUGUAUGAUCGUGACAGACGAAGAUAAACUUCUCUAAGCUUACGCUUACAUGUGCUUAAAACUUUAAUACCAUAAGUUUUGCGCGCGUCUUCGGUUAUUUGGCUUUACACGCUUUAUAAUUCUCAGCCUAGUAUUUCAUGACGCAUAACAUCAUUGAUCUCACAGAUAAAGGAAAAAAGAUAGAAAGACCACAACAUAAAUGUACUUAAACAUUUGAGAGUCAAUAAUCUGACUAAGAAACCCGACAUUAAGAGCAACGGGCGUGACCUAAAAAUGCAUACAAAAUUCAACAAUUCAGUGAACAAAUUAAUACAUUGGAUUUAAUUACUAUAAUAAAUAUAAAUUAAGGGGGGGCGAGUUCGUGUUAUGUGUGUUUUAAGUAAAUACAUAUCACUUGCAUCAACGAUGGCGGAAAGAAUCGUGCUGAAAGUUCUCCAUAAUGUUAAAGGUGUGUGAAGGUCACAAAUCCGUCCUGGGCCAGUGUAUUGGACUGCAGCCCUUCUCAUUUAGGAUUUAGGGAGUAGAACCUUGCAAUGCAGUAGGCCGGGAAUGGGUUGAUAUGAUGAUACACUACAUACUAGGAUCAAUAUCAAAUCAAAUCAAAUCCUUUUAUUUGCAUAAAACAUUGUAGGUAUACAUGUUUAGUCAUAAUAUAUGACAUGCAAAUCUUAAUUUAAACAAAUUCAUUUAUGUAAUAAUUAAUAAAACAUCAAAUCACGCUAUACUUGUCUUUUUGUUGCAAUUUGAGUGGCUCAGUGAGUCUCUGACGCUUAUUGCCACUAUGACACUUAAAAAUCAAUCCAAAAAUAUCCAUUACAAAACUCGACAUUUUAUAAUACUGAUUGUCAGCUUCACUUAACAACAUAUUAUUUUGAGCCUUAUACCAGUAUAAAGCUUGUGUGUGUUCAACCAUGUAUACCGACCCUCUAUCUUUUUUCCUUAAUCUGUGUAUUAUAUAUAUUCCUCUGUUACCAUCAAAGUUUCAUAAAAUUAUUUUUUGAACAUGAAAUCUUCUAAAUAAUUGUACAUAAUGCAUAAAAAGCAUGAUAAUUGUUUAUUUAUCAAAAACCUUGUUGGUAACAUGUUAUUUCAUAUAUAAAAAGAAAGUUGUUAUUGUAAUUUAUCCUGUAGUUGUAACCUUCUUAAAAUUACUUCCCUCUUCUAUCUUUUAAUGUCCAUCACACAUUUGGUACAAUAAGAACCUAGAGUUAGGUUCAAAUACCUUGUUGACUGACUUCUGUUGUCCCUAUAUGAUACCCACAUGCAUUCCAUCGCAAAUAUUUAGUUUAUGAUACAUAAAAAAAUUAUAGACAAACAAACUUUAAAAUAGAAAAUUAUAAAUACAACAUGUAACUGAAUUACGAAAGGUGUUUAAGAGUGCGCAUAAGUAUAUUUCAUUAGGAAUCACCAUAUUUUAAUGAAGCAUAUUUCCGGACAUAGGGCGGCUAGGACGUGUUCCUUGCAUACCCUGCGAAAUGUUGCUCUGCUUAUACAACGUAUUACGAAAUACUGUUUAAAGGUGCAUAAGUAUAUUUCAUAAGAAAAAAGUGUUUACUUAGGACAACCCUGUUGAAGAUAAAAGACCGACACGUGCAUAGUACCUUCGCUACGCGACUGGUACCUAAUGUGGCAGGAGUCACUAUAUUUUACUUUUGCAUAUGAUGUUAGGGCUGUAUCUGAUUUCUUUCAGUAAAAACUAUGGCAGUGGUUUAAUCAUUAAUUAUUAGCGUUUCGGUUCCACAGAUAAGUCUCAGAGACAGUGAAUAAUGUACCUCUAAAGCCUCUGAAGUAUUAUAUCGGUUUUCAUUUACACGUUGUAUAGUCGCUUAGCAACAACACGCUCAAUUUGAAUUACCCAAGUUUUCGGGAAACACAAAAAAACUUUCCUAUCACCGAACGGCCGA